AUGCCUACCCACCUUUCCAAGACCCGAAAGCACCGUGGACACGUUUCCGCCGGUAACGGUCGUGUCGGCAAGCACCGCAAGCACCCAGGUGGUCGUGGUCUCGCCGGUGGUCAGCACCACCACCGCACCAACAUGGACAAGUACCACCCUGGUUACUUCGGUAAGGUCGGUAUGCGUCACUUCCACCUGACUCGCAACUCGUCGUACCGCCCUGUUGUCAACCUGGACAAGCUGUGGACGCUGGUCCCUGCUGAGCAGCGCAAGGGUCUUACCUCGUCCUCGACCGAGGUGCCCGUCAUUGACACGCUCGCUGCUGGCUACGGCAAGGUUCUCGGCAAGGGCCGUCUCCCCGCUCUCCCCUGCAUCGUCAAGGCCCGCUGGGUGUCGUCGCUCGCCGAGAAGAAGAUCAAGGAGGCCGGCGGCGUUGUCAAGCUCGUCGCUUGA